AUCCCACAGAAAAUAUUAUUGAAACUACCUCUUCCAUCCAGAGGUAGCAUAUGCAGGAUCUUUUGAAUGAGAACAUUUGUGGAUUCCUUACUAAGCCUAGAGCCACUUCCUUCCCCAUUAUCCCUUCCAGUUCCCCUUGGAUACACUUGUGACCCAUUGUCACAACAACCCUCUGCCCAGGAUUAUCUCCCUACUGACAUUUUUCCAAAAACUCUGAUCUAAUUGCACUUAAAAAAAAACUUUCUCCUUUUGCUGAUCCCCAUCUUACCAUAAAGACAGUCUUGCAGAAUCCUACACUUCUUCCUUUAACAACUUUGAUCUAAUCACCCUUGUUAUCCCUAUCUCCUGACCUGCUGUAUGACUUUUGAUGUGUAGCACAGUUAAUUAUCAACUGACUCCCUCUUUACCUUUUCACUAUUACAUCUUUCUGUACUGGUAUAUGACCUUUGAUAUCUAGCACUUUUAUUUUGCUUUGUAACGAUUAAGCAUUACCAUAUCACUUUGUCCCUUUCAAGAACUUUAUAGCUUCAAAAUUCAUUCUAGUCUUUUAGUAACGUUGUUGCUUUCCCAGAAAUAAUAUGAUAGAAUUACAAAAGGCUCUAAAAUAUUUUCCUAUUGGCAGGGUUGCUUUCCCCAGGGAAGGAAGAAGCAGCUGACAAGAAAUUAUCUGGUAAACGCUUAAGAAGUCAAACAAAGCAUAUGAUACUGAACAUUUACAGUUAUUUCCGGAGCCAAGACAAAGAAGCAAGUGAAACAGAUAUAAGCAAGAAAACUGCCAUUGCCUCUGGAAUUUCUCUCCAGACCCUUUACAGUAUAAGACAAGAAGACAAAGAAGGAGUUGUAAAAUCCCCAGCUCCAAAGAUAGGGGUUUCAUCGUGGAUGCCUGUUGUUGAUGAUUAUGCCAGAGCUUGUAUUCGUCGAGAGAUACUUUCAUUCUAUGAGAGAAGUAAAUUCCCAACAUUGAAAGAACUGUCUAAAAGAGUAAAAGAGCCACCUGUGAAUCUGACUUGUUCUUGGACAACACUUAAUAAGCUUGUGAAACAAAUUGGGUUCCGUAAUAAGAAGUUAGAAAAUGGCAGGGUUGUUUUGAUAGAGAAAGAUGACAUUAUUGCUGCAAGAAACAGGUACCUAAGACUUAUUGCUGAAAUUAGGAAAUCUAGCAACCCAAAACCAGAAAUAUAUAUUGGUGAAAUUUGUGUUUAUCCAAAUAGGUAUGUGGCAAAGUGUUGUACAGUAGAUGAUACAACUUUAGACCCUACACAGAAGUUGAAGAGACGUGUCAGAUUUACCAUUGUGCAUGCCGGUGGAAAAAAUGGAUUUGUUCCUGGGUCUUUUUUAAUUUUUAAAUCAGGGACUGCCCUUAAGGAGACCCAUGACAGCAUGACACACGAAUGUUUCCAGUCAUGGUUUCAGAAACAGUUACUUCCCAACAUUCCUGCCAAUUCAGUCAUAGUCAUGGAUAAUGCACCAUAUCACUCACAAUUUUCUAUUAAAAUGCCAGCAAUUAAUUCCAACAAAAGUGAAAUACUGCAGUGGCUAAGAGAACACAACAUUGCUUAUGAAACAUCCCAUACAAAAUAUGAACUAAUAGAUCUUGUUAGAAAGCAUAAAAGCAAGCUGGUACAUGUGAUUGACCAAAUGGCUCAUGAUGCAGGCCAUGAAUUGCUCAGAAUCCCUACGUUUCAUUGCCACUUGAACCCCAUUGAACUGAUUUGGGCUCUGUUAAGAAGUAAAUUGGAAGAGAAUUCAGACACUUACGAGAGAAAUUGCAGGGUUGAGGAAAUAAAAUAUGCACUGGAAAGAAUAACUUCAGAAGAUUGGGAGAGGUGUCUGCUUCAUGCAACACAAGUGGAAGAUGAAUUCAGAAGGAAAGAUAGAGUAUUUGAUUAUGUCAUGGAAAGGGUUGAUACAAGUAUGAGUGACGAAAGUAGUGAUUCAGAUAGUUCUGGAGAAUGAAUUUGGUACAUAAUGUUGAAAUGUUCCAUGUCCUUUUAUUUUUUUAUAUUUAUAUUAUGACUGUAUUCGAUAUUGUUAAUCUCAACUUUCUUCAUCCUGAUAUUGAUAUCUUGAAUAUUAGGCAAAUAAAUCAAA